GGCGGCGGAGCGUCGGGCGCUAGCGGCAGGUCCAGCUGCCGCCGACUAUGCCCGAGCCCACCUCCGGGCAGCCGCCGCGCGCCGCCCGGCCCCCGGCUGGGGACGAUGCCAGACGCCCGGGAGAGGCCAAGGCAGCGGCGGCGGCGCGAUGGUAGUGACAAGCUCUGCCCGAGGCGGCGGCGGGGACCGCGCGCCCUCCAGGCGGCGGGGCUGCGGACUUUCGGCGCCUGGGGCCGCGGCGCUGCUGGCCGGGGCGAGCUGCCUGUGCUACGGCCGCUCGCUGCAGGGCGAGUUCGUGCACGACGACGUGUGGGCGAUCGUCAACAACCCCGACGUGCGGCCCGGAGCCCCGCUGCGCUGGGGCAUCUUCUCCAACGACUUCUGGGGCAAGGGCAUGGCCGAGAACACCAGCCACAAGUCCUACCGGCCGCUCUGCGUCCUCACCUUCAAGCUAAACAUCUUUUUGACUGGCAUGAACCCAUUCUACUUCCAUGCAGUAAAUGUCAUUUUACACUGCCUAGUGACCCUUGUGCUGAUGUACACCUGUGACAAAACUGUCUUCAAGAAUCGUGGACUUGCUUUCGUUACGGCAUUGCUUUUUGCUGUGCAUCCUGUUCACACAGAGGCGGUGGCCGGAAUUGUUGGCAGAGCUGACGUGUUGGCAUGCUUGCUGUUUCUGUUAGCCUUUCUCUCCUACAGUAGGAGUGUGGACCAGUGUUGUGUUGGGGAAUGUUUCCCUCCCACGGCUUCUCCCUUCUUCCUGCUACUCAGUCUGUUUCUGGGGACCUGCGCGAUGCUGGUGAAAGAGACAGGCAUCACGGUGUUCGGCGUGUGCUUGGUUUAUGAUCUCUUUUCUUUAUCCCACAAUCACGAUAAAUGGAGCAACGGGGUCGUCCAUCAGCGCAGCCCACAGCAGCCCGGGAGCUCCCCGCCCACCGCACCGCCAGCGCACCCUCUCCGGGAGAACGGGAAGCAGCAGCGGUUCCCUCACAAAGGAGCUUGGGGUGGCUGCCACACUCCAUUGCCACCUGAACCCAAGAGCAGUGGAUUCCCUGUGUCUCCUCGAGCUGUGUGGUCCUUGAUGAGGUAUCUGACAGCAAGCCGCAAUAGAAAUUUCUUGCUUACCAUGAGGCCAUUCUUAAAAAGGGCCAUUUUGGUCAUCAGUUAUGUGAUUGUUGUUCUGUACUUCCGUCUGUGGAUAAUGGGAGGAUCUAUGCCCCACUUUUCAGAGCAGGAUAAUCCAGCUUCAUUUUCACCUUACAUUCUUACAAGAUUCCUUACCUAUUCCUACCUCUUGGCCUUCAACGUGUGGCUUCUGCUUGCACCUGUUACCCUGUGCUAUGACUGGCAGGUGGGCAGUAUUCCUCUGGUAGAGACCAUAUGGGACACGCGGAACUUAGCCACCAUCCUUCUGGCAGUUGUGAUGGCCUUACUGAGCCUUCAUUGUUUAGCAGCCGUCAAGGUCCAAUCUUUCCAGCUCAUUUACAACCCAUCCUGUUUGUCCUGCUUUGGAACCCCUGCCAUCGCUGAUAGAAGAGGCCCUGUGAUGUCUUGCCAUGGUCCAUCUGUCUGUGACCACCAGUGCUUUGGGAGGAGCCAUUGUCUGGGAUGUCGCAUGGGCUACUGCAUCCUUUUCGUGCACGGAAUGAGCAAGCUGUGCACGUGGCUGAACCGCUGUGGGGCCGCCACCCUGAGCGUGUCCACUGUGCUGCUGCUGCUGCUUUUCUCCUGGAAAACCAUGAAACAGAACGAAAUUUGGCUGUCGAGAGAGUCCCUAUUCAGGUCUGGAGUUCAGACUCUGCCCCACAAUGCCAAGGUUCACUACAACUACGCCAAUUUCCUGAAGGACCAGGGUCGGGACAGGGAAGCCAUCUACCACUACAGAACGGCCCUCAAGUUGUAUCCGCGCCAUGCAAGUGCCCUGAACAACCUUGGAACACUGACCAGAGACACAGCAGAGGCAAAGAGGUACUAUCAGAGGGCUCUCCAGCUAAACCCACAGCACAACCGGGCUCUUUUCAAUCUUGGGAAUCUCCUUAGGUCUCAGGAGAAAAAGGAAGAGGCUAUCAUCUUACUGAAAGAUUCCAUUAAAUAUGGUCCUGAGUUUGCAGAUGCAUAUUCAAGCUUAGCUUCAUUACUGGCUGAGCAGGAGAGGUUUAAGGAAGCUGAGGAAAUAUACCAGGCUGGAAUAAAGAACUGCCCAGAUAGCUCAGACUUACACAACAACUAUGGAGUUUUCCUAGUCGAUACUGGCUCUCCAGAGAAGGCAGUGGCCCAUUACCAACAGGCCAUCAGACUUAGCCCGAGCCAUCAUGUGGCCAUGGUGAACCUGGGGAGACUCUACAGGUCACUGGGAGACAACAGCGUGGCUGAAGAAUGGUACAAACGCGCCUUGCAGGUGGCACGCAAAGCUGAGAUAUUAUCACCGUUGGGAGCUCUAUAUUAUAACACUGGCAGAUAUGAAGAGGCUUUGCAGAUUUACCGGGAAGCUGUGUCCCUUCAGCCUUCCCAAAGGGAACUCCGCCUGGCACUGGCUCAGGUUUUGGCCGUGAUGGGUCAGACAAAAGAAGCUGAAAAGAUGACCAAUCACAUCGUGUCAGAGGAGACUGGGUGCCUUGAAUGCUAUCGCCUGUUGUCCGCCAUCCACAGCAAGCAGGAGCAACAUGACAAGGCACUUGAUGCUAUAGACAAGGCUCUGAAGCUGAAACCAAAGGACCCAAAAGUUGUAUCUGAACUUUUUUUCACAAAAGGAAAUCAACUAAGAGAGCAGAACCUUCUUGACAAAGCUUUUGAGAGCUAUAAAGUGGCCGUGGAAUUAAAUCCAGAUCAAGCACAGGCCUGGAUGAACAUGGGUGGAAUCCAGCACAUCAAGGGAAACUACGUGUCUGCAAGAGCUUAUUAUGAGAGAGCCUUACAGCUGGUUCCGGACAGCAAACUGCUGCAGGAAAAUCUUGCCAAAUUGGAUCGUCUAGAAAAAAGAUUACAAGAAGUUCGAGAAAAGGAUCAAAUGUAGCAGCAUUUGACCAAGUCUCCAAGGGACAGUACUGGUGCCUUUGGAAGAGGAAGAACUCACAGACGGAAGCCUUGCUUACACAACAGUUGGGGCACAACCAAUGAAGUUUUCCUCUUACUUGAGUUCAGGGUGGCACAUUUUGGGACACCUGCUGGUAACCCUGUGCUGGGGACUUGCAUUUCCAUGAAAGAAGACAAAAAGAGCAAGCAAGGGCAAGAAGGCCUGAAGGAAGGAAAACAGCAACUACACAUUUUACAGAUUUUUGUUUGCUUUAUUUCCAGAUUUCCUUUCAUAUAUUUGUCUGCUUUUCCAACCUGGAAAUCUAAUUCCAUUUCUUAGUGUAGAUAUUUGUGUCUCAGAAAUAGAGGUUUGAAAUGCUAUGAAUGCAUGGCAUCUCUUCUUUAUGAGAGGAGAUAUUUCAGAGAGGGUAAAUCCUCUGGGAUAAACCAUUUGAGAAAUUCUACCAAGAGGUAGCUCAUUUAACUCUCCAGAACUAGAAAUGAGUAUCUAACAGUUUUUGUAAAACCUCCUGGAAUAUAUGGGGAAAGGGGUUAUUGUAAGAUAAAGCUAAGUAAGGUUUGUCUAAUGUCCUUCUGAGGAUAGUGCUAGAGCCCUAUUGAGAAGUAAAUUAAAUUCCACUCUGAUACAAGCUGUUUUCCCAUUGCCUAAUAUGUCAAAAAGGAAGCUUCUGGAAUUGUGUAUGCGUAUUCUUAUUCCUAGGGAAAAAUCAAGGGUCUUGCUACCCCUGACUCUUCAUGGAAAUGUUUUAAAUUAAUUUUAUUACAAGUAUUACUAGAGUAGUGGUUCUGCUCUAAGAUUUCAUAAGUGCUUUUAAAACUCAUAAAUGUUUCUGCCUCCAAAUAUAUUGUUAUUUUGGUGGAGAAAAAAAUAGUAUAUUCUACAUGAGAAAUAUUAAAGAUAUUAAUUGAGAGAAAUGUUCUACUUUAUUAUCUUAACAUUCAGAUGUUCUGAGAUUAUUUUUUGAAAAUAUAUUUAACCACCGAGGAAUCUUUACGGUAUAUUACAGAAAUCUUCAUAGACUCUAAAUAGAUGCACAGCGCUAUUGAUUUGUCUUCCUAGGCUUAAUGAGAAUUCUGUGCUUAGAACAUGAAUGAUAGAACCUGCAGUUCCUAGUUCUGUAUUUGUAAUUUUGGAGAUUUCAUGGAGAAUGCUCAAAAAAU